AUGGUAAUCAUAAGAACUGCUGUGAGUCGCUCAUCAAUACUCAGUUCUACAGAUGGCUACGUGCUUAUAGGAAAUGUUUUUCAUUUUCAGCGGACGCAUGACAUUUUGACAUGCGCACAGCUGUGCUUAGUGCGUUCAAACUGUAUGUCGUUCAAUUUCGAGAACAGAAAAAAUGGAAUGUGUGAAUUGAACAAAAAAACAGCUCAUGUUGGCAGGAUCACAGACAAAACCACUUUGUUUCGCAAGAGAGGAUAUUCGUUUCAUCAGCUGUUGAAUAUUAGUCACCAGUACGUUUUCACGACCCUGAAUAGCAAAGGAACAACUGGACCGAAAAGUACAUCCGGGUAUUUAGGAACAAUCCUGGAAGGCAAAGUCAAUUUGAGUGAUGGCAUCCAAAUAUGGAGUGUUCCCGUGACUGGAAACUACGUCAUUGAAGUGUCAGGUGCCUCCGGUGCUAAUGGAACAGAUGACAACGAGAGUUCAUGGAGGAUCGGUGGUUUAGGGGCCAGAUUGAAAGGAUCUUUUAAGCUUCACAAAGGAAAUCAGCUUAAAAUCCUUGUGGGUCAGGAGGGUGAUCGUACCACAGACUUCCCACAAAGGCCAGGGGGUGGAGGUGGGGGAAGUUUUGUGACUCUUUUAAAUAACACUCCUCUGAUUAUUGCCGGCGGGGGAGGGGGUGGGGGAACACCAACUGGGCAAUACAAAGACGGCGAGCCUGGCCAAGCGGCGGAGAAAGGUACAAGGUGUGGUGGGACAGGAGGGAAUGGUGGGCAGCCGUGUGAUGCCACAACUGGAAAGGUGAAUUUUCGUGUCUUAUCAGGAAGGGGAGCUGGGCUUAACGGCAAUGGGGGCGGGGAAGGCCCCAUGACACCGUCUUUGAGUUUCAUUAACGGUGGAACUGGGGGAAGCUGUCCAACAUCCAUUGGGGGAUUCGGUGGGGGAGGUUGUGGAUUUACGAGUGGUGGAGGUGGGGGCGGGUAUUCCGGCGGGGGGUUUGUGGGGAAUACCACAGGGGGUGUUGCGGGGGGAGGGGGAUCGUAUAAUAUCGGUGCGAAUAAACAGAACCUAACAGGUGGUAACAAGGGGGAUGGAAAAGUUAUCAUCACUUUAGAAAAUUGA